GCGCGGUGCCACCAUACCCCUGCGCUCUGCUCCGUCUUCUCCUACCUCGCCUCUUUCCCUCGCUCGUCCUCUGCAGACCCCCGACCCGUCCAUCGAAGGCGCGAAUCCCGCCCCCUCCCUCCCUGCGGGAAUCCGGGUGCAGCGUGAUGCGUCCUGCGGCGCCGCACCCCCAUCCCCCGUUUCCCCGGUGCCCUCUGCUGCAAGCGGCGCCCCCAUCCCGCCCCGGUCCUAUAAGGAAGCUCUGCUCACCCCGUCUCCACCUCCACCCAACAAACGGCGCCUCCUUGCCUUCUUGCCAUCCCCGGUCAAGACUCUGUGCCACAAGUGCUACUCCUCGCGCCACCUUGUCCGUGACUGCCGAGACCCCGUCCGCUGCCGGGACUGUGGUCGCUCCGGCCACAUUAGCUCACAAUGCUUUCCGACACGCUUAGCCGGUCCCCGUCCCACUCCCGCUCCACCUCCCCCGCUCGCACCCCGCCCCGGGAGCACUGGAUGACGUGGUACUACCGCGAGGUCGAAGCCGAGCGCACCGUGCCCUUCUUCUCGCGUCCGCCGACGCCUUUUCCCCGUGGCGCUCCUCCGUCCUCCAAUGCCGCCUCGGGGGAGGCCACUGCUGAGCCUGCAGCCGGGGGUGGCCACACCUCCGCUCCCGGCAGCUCUCGGGGCAGUCAAGCGGGGGGCGGCCGUCGCUGUCCGGAGUAUGCGGAGUGCUUCAUGCCGCUGGUGGCGGACAUGUCGCACUCCCGGCGCUUCGCCUAUGCGCUUAUCGACCCGCCAUCGCAUUGCCCGGCGGACCUCCUUUGCCGUGCGUUCGAGCAGCGGGCCGGCAACCCCUCCAUUGGGUUGGCCGCCUCCCACUACGGCGCCAUGAUGGUGAUCUUCUCGUCGGAGCAUGCCCGUGAGCUCGCCCUGCGCGAGUUCUUCCCCCUCCCCUUCGACGGCCACGUCAUCAUGCUCGAGCGCCCAGAGAACGGCGAGAACUAUUUUGGCUGGGAGUACACCUGCUUCGCCCAGCUCUCCGCCACCGGCUUCCCCCUCGAGCACUGGCAUGAGGGUGGCAUCCGCAAUGCCUUGCGCUCCAUCGGCAACGUGUGAUGCAUCGACCCCCACUGCCUCAACGACCUCGACUUCUCUGCGGUGCGCCUCGUCAUCCGCUUGGAGCACGCGGAUGAUGUGCCGCAUGCACUCCUCCUCCGCAACUUCGAUGGUGACCUGUCCACGGACGUUGCCAUCCGCCGUGUCCGCUCCUGGACUGUGGAUGAAGAUGGCUCCUCUGUCUCCUCCCACUACUUCGAGCCUGCCGACGGCUCUCCGCCUCCCUCACCGCGUGUGCGUCGCUCCACGGCCAUGGACGACAUCGACACAGAGAGCCUGUGCGGGUUUGGCUCCCUCUCCUUCGCUACGGCUCCUGCAGCCCCGGCGCCUCCCACUGGCUACCCCGACGCUGCCGAUAGCACCAGCGUGGCCCGCCUCCGGCGCGAAAUCGGGCGUCGCCUCUCUUUCCUCCUCUCGGAGCUCUUCCCUGCGCGCUGGUGCUCCCUCUUCCCACCUGCUACUCCCCUUGUCGUGGAGGAGGGGCCCGCGUCUGGUGCCGUCUCUGACUCCUCGCUCUAUUCCGUCGUGGUCUCCAUGGCUACUUCCGAGGAGGGUGUCCCUAUGCUGCAUCCCUCCCCGCUCAUGUAGCCUUCCGACCUCCGCAACGACGAGCAUGAGCAUGCAGCGUGCAAGCGUCGUGGCCUCCGCAAGCGCUCCGUUGACUCGUCGUUCACCGCUGGGCGCCGCAGCCUCCGCCUCGCCGGGAAGGAGCCGGCCGGCUACGUGAAGAUGCUUGAGCGGGUCAAGGCGGCUCGGUUUGACUCCUCCAAGGGGUCUCCCUGUCUCCGCGCCGCGAUCAGGGCGGCCGGCAUCGACGCCGAUGACGGCGCUGCUACGCCUCUCCCGCUCCAUCUUCUUCAAGACCUGGGGGCAUCGUGCGGUGUUGACCUUGAUACUCUGGCGGCUGGGGCCCGCGCUGAGGUGGCUUCCCAUGCGCCAUGAGCGACAUGCAUCCUCUUGGCCCCCCCGCUCCCAAUCUCUGCCAUCUCUGUCAUCGGGCCACUGCAUGUCCUUGCCUCCCCUCCCCAUGUUUUAGUUACGUAGGCUUGAUCUCGUGCUCCCGUCCGUGGGCCCCAUUGUGGGGUUGCCGGAGUACUGUAUCCUUUAAUGUUUUUUCUUUUCCCCCCGUGGGGUUUGUAAUGGCCUCAGGCCCACUUGUUCUUCUUAUCAAGCCUGCGUAUUUCCUUUUGUUGUCUGC